AUGUCAAAAAUACAAAUUUUCUUGAAUACUGAAGACUCUUCAGAACGAUUAUACGUCGUCGCUCUUGCACUUAAGACUCAUACAUUCUUUAACAUUAAAAUAUCAUCUCCAAAAGAAAUAAUAGGAAAAUAUAAAGAUUCCUUAAAGAAUGGAUAUAUGAUUUUUAUGGUUGAUUGUAACGAAGCAUUUAAAAUUGCAAAAUCAGAAAUAAAUUUUCGUAAAAAUUCUGAAUGUUUUAAAGAUUUUUCAUCACUUUGGGCUAAAGCACCAAAAAAAGUUAAAAAUGAAUAUAAACAGGUCUUUAUUAAUUAUAGGAAAUUAAUCCCAAUAAAUCAAAAUUUUAUUGCAUUUCAAUAUCAAGAAAAUGCGAGUAAAAAUAUCAAUGAAAAACUCAUUUUAAAAAAUUCCAAGGUUCAAGAUGAUUCGUCCAACAACAGCUUUAAUUCUCAACCAGAAACUACUCAAUUUGAAAAUUUCGAAAAUAUAUUGAACCAAAAUAAUUCAUCUAAUCACUUUUUUCAAUCUACUGGCAAUGUUGAUUUUGCAAACAAUAUUUUAGAAGGGAAUGAAAAUUUGUUUCAUUUAGUUCGAUUUGAAAAUUCUGACGACUCUAUUAUUAUAAAUAACGUGAAUUAUCAACCAGAAGCUGCUCAAUUUGAAGCAGCGUUAGUUCAAGAUAGUUAUAAUGACAUUAUUCCCGACAAAACUGGUAUUGCAGAGGAGAAUGGGAAUUUGUUUUACUUAGACUCAAAUAACUUGGUUUCUCAACCGGAAGCUAUUCAAUUUGAAAACUUUGAAGCUACGUUAGGUCAAAAUAAUUCACUUAAUAAGACAAAUAAUUUCAUUCAACCAGAAUUUAUUCAAUAUAAUAAUAUUUAUUUAGAUAUAAAGAUAUGUGUAUCUAGUAAUAUUUCUUAA